AUGCCAACCACAAUUUUGGCUUCAUAUCUGUAACCUACCAAUAGAAAGGAGAUAUAGGACCUAACCAAGUUAUACUGUGAAACAUCCUAUUGAAAAAUGUUUUGUAGAAUAAAUUUGAAUUUGGGUAGUAUUUCCCCAGUAUAUUUCAAUCUAAGAAGUUUCGUAACUACACAAGCACAUUAUUUAAACCAAAAGUAUCGGAAAGAAAAAGGCCUUCCUUUAAAUCCAAACACCUCCAGCAUUUUGACCAACACUCCCGAUUACACUUUUCUCAAUGGAAGUCUAGCACCACUUGGCGUGGGUCAACAGCGACGAAUAUUGAGGGAGAAAGAGGUAGUUAAGCAAAUUGUUUCCCUAAGCAAGGAAAUAGAUUUUGCUGUUUAUCGACAUGAGCAGCUACAACGGGAUGCUGAGAACCAGAAGAAGGAAAUAUUGUCGAAAAAAUUGAAACCUAAAGGAUACACUUUAUUAAAACAAAGUUGAUGUUAAGUUCUAGAUUUUAAUAUGGUGUUUAAUUAAAAAUUAAGGCAACUUGUGUUGAAAUUUUUAAGGUAUACUUAACAUGUAGAUCACAAUUAAAGAUAGUGUGAUUAACUUAA